CUUCGAUGGCACACGCGUCUUGCUGGUUUGUGUGUGGUUUAGAUAAACGAGCACUCUGGGCAGCUUCAGGCACCACACAGGCACACACACCCCAGCAGCUAGCGUGACGCUCCUGCCAUGCCAAUCUACUUCAAUUCAUCGCCACGAUGAAAUCAGCUGCGGUGGUGGCCAUGCUGGCCGCGGCCAUAUUGGCCGUGUUCGCGCGCACCGAGCAGUGCGGUUCGCAGGCCGGCGGGGCGACGUGCCCCGACUGCCUCUGCUGCAGCCGCUUCGGCUUCUGCGGCUCCACCUCCGACUACUGCGGCUCCGGCUGCCAAAGCCAAUGCAGCGGCUGCUCCAGCGUCGUUACGCCGGCCCCAGCCCCCUCCGGCGGCAGCGCUUUGUCCUCCGUCGUGUCGCGGUCGCUCUUCGACAAGAUGCUGCUGCACCGCAAUGACGCGGCGUGCCCGGCCAAGGGGUUCUACACCUACGACGCCUUCGUGGCCGCUGCAAACUCCUUCCUCGGCUUCGCCACCACGGGAGGCAUGGACAUUAGGAAGCGCGAGGUGGCCGCCUUCCUGGCCCAGACCUCCCACGAGACCACCGGCGGGGGGCCCACAUCACCCGACGGCCCAUACUCAUGGGGAUACUGCUUCAAGCAGGAGAUAGCCAGAUUAGACUACUGCACGCCGAGCUCGCAGUGGCCGUGCGCGGCGGGGAAGAAGUACUACGGCCGCGGACCCAUCCAGAUCACCUACAACUACAACUACGGGCCGGCGGGCCAAGCCAUCGGCAACGACCUGCUGGGAGACCCGGACCUCGUGGCCACGGACGCGACUGUGUCGUUCAGGACGGCGUUGUGGUUCUGGAUGACGGCGCAGGCACCAAAUCCGUCCAGCCAUGACGUUAUCACGGGCCGGUGGCAGGCGGCCGGGAAUCUGUCGGGGUUCGGCAUGAUCACCAACAUCAUCAACGGCGAGCUCGAGUGCGGCCGCGGGCAGGACAACCGCGCCGUCGCCGACAGGAUCGGGUUUUACAAGCGCUACUGCGACCUCCUCGGCGUCAGCUACGGCGACAACUUGGACUGCUACAACCAGAGGCCGCUUCACAGAAGGGAAGCCACAAUCGGAACGCCAAUAGGCUCGCCGCCAGCCACAUCACCAGUUCUAUGGAGGACUGAGACAUCGCCGAAGAAGAGGGCUGGAAUAUAUGUAAUAGCAGGCACCUCAAGCCUAGUUGGCGUAUGUUUAUUUAUCCUCGCAUUGUUUCUAUGGUAUAAGAAAUACUACAGAAAUUUGUCCUGCCAAAGGGGAUCAAAGAACACACCGAGGAUCGAAUCCUUCCUAGAAAAGGAAGCAGCUUCAUAUCCCAAAAGAUACACUUACUCAGAAGUGAGAAGAAUGACUAACUCUUUUGCUCACAAGCUUGGCCAAGGUGGCUUUGGAGCCGUCUAUAGAGGCAAAUUCCCAGAUGGCCGUGAGAUAGCAGUGAAGAUGCUCAAAGAUACAAAGGGUGAUGGGGAGGAAUUCAUGAAUGAGGUGGCUAGCAUUAGCAGAACCUCUCAUAUCAAUGUCGUCACGCUCUUAGGGUUCUGCUUGCGAGGGUCAAAAAGAGCUCUCAUCUACGAGUACAUGAUCAAUGGCUCACUUGAGAGAUACACUUUUGGCAACAGCUCUGUUCAAAAUCCUAACGCCCUAAGCUGGGAGAGGCUCUUUGACAUUGUACUUGGCAUAGCUCGAGGGCUUGAGUACCUUCAUCAGGGGUGCAACACUCGCAUUGUACAUUUUGAUAUCAAGCCUCAAAACAUUCUACUGGACGAAGAAUUUUGUCCAAAGAUAUCUGAUUUUGGGUUAGCCAAAUUGUGCCAGCAAAAGGAAAGCAAAAUCUCUAUCGGUGGAGCAAGAGGAACGGUAGGGUACAUAGCACCAGAGGUUUUCUCAAGGCAGUACGGAGCUGUGAGCAGCAAGUCUGAUGUGUAUGGUUAUGGAAUGGUGGUUCUUGAGAUGGUUGGAGCAAAGAACCAAAUCAAUGUUAGUACAGACAAUAGCACCAAAUAUUUUCCUCAGUGGAUAUAUGACAACUUUGAUGAGUUCUGUGGCACCACAUGUGAGAUUGUUAGUAGCGAGCCAACGGAGCUGUUGAGAAAGAUGACUAUAGUUGGGUUGUGGUGCAUUCAGCUAACACCCACGGAUCGACCAUCCAUGAGCAAAGUCCUUGACAUGUUGGAAAGCAACAGCGAGGACUUGCAACUGCCACCAAAAGCAUAUUGAUGUAAACAAGAAUAAGCAUCUUAAGGCAAAGUCCUUGGCUCUAAAUACGUUAACUUUAUAGUUUGUACAGUUAUCAGUUAUUACCAACAAUGAUGAUUUUCUUAGCAUUGUUGCCGUCCUGGUUGAA